UCCAGUUUGCUGUUUUAUAACCGUUUGGAUCUGUGUUCAUUUCCAGAUCUGUAUCACAAAAUGGAUGUCAAUCCAUCUCGCAAGGUCAGUCAUGCACAGACUGCAGAACCUGUGCCUGGAAAGACACACGCAGAAGUCAUUGCGACGUUGAGGGAGCUCCUCCACCAGCACAGACUGGAGCCUGUGAACUUUUCUCCUAUCUAUGAAAGAGCCUGCAAGAUAUUCAUGGAAUCUGAUACUGGAUCGUCGCCGUCUUUAGACCCACGAGUUUAUUUAGGAUACGGCAUCAAGGCUGAUCAACUCAGGGCUGAAAUGUUACGAGAAACACGCCUUGAAGCAUAUUGUUUAUCUCAGAAGGAUAGUGGCUGUCUUAAACCCGGUCCAAAAGUCCAGAAUGCAAAGGCCAAACAAACGGCUCAGGAUGCGAACAGGACACUUUUAAAAAAAGAAGCACAACUUGAAAGAAAAGUUCCUGAAAAUGAAAUGGAAGAGAGGGCUUUGCCAGAACCUGAAGAGGAAGUGAAAGAGGAAGAGGAAGUGAAAGAGGUCGACCUGGAUGACCUCACAGAGAGAAUUAUGCGGGAAUACAUUUUUUUUACGGAAGAAAUGGAUGAAGAGGAACAGCUCAUUAAGAGUUUGGAGUAUGAAAAGGAAAAGUUACAAGAGAGGUUGAACCAGAGGGACAAGGAGAUGCAGAAAAUGGCUCUCCUCAUUAAACAAGAGGAAGAUAAACCAGAAAAUAUAAAAAGCCAACUGAGUAGUGAGGAUUCGGGCGUCAUCACUAGAAGACUGAGAGUCAAAUGGUACUGUGAGAAGUUGACGGACGUUUACAUGGAGAUCUUUGAGCGUUCCUGCAGCCUUCAUUUUCCAAGUCUUAUCCUGGUAGACCUUGAUGAAUUGACUUCAAACUUGUUGGAAAACAUGACAGAUGAAGCACACGUCAAACUACUAAACCAGUUUUGGAAACACAAAGCCAUGAAUGGCAGGAUGGAGAGUGAGGCUAAGAUGAAAGCACGGCGAGAGAGACGGAUACAGGAAAGACGGGAGAUUGCUCUUGCUCCUCCAGUGAAAAUAGUGGGAAAAAAGCUGAUGCCACGCAUGCUGCCUUCAAAGAAGAUUGAGAAAAAGGAACAGGAUGAACCCAAGAAGCAGGAGUCGAAUGUACACUGCCUUCCCUACUAGACUACAAGAAGAACAGACAGGAGACGGAGGGAGGAAGGAAGGAAGGGGGGUUUGUUUAUGUUGUGUUCUUUAUAUUAGAUUCUCAUGAACCCAUUAAAUAAUAUAUCAGUGCA